AUGCUUGCCCUGCGCUUGCGCUUUACCGCAGGUCUUCUCUUGGGCUUGUCCAAUUCGACCUCUGGGCAGGAUAUCCAUCAACCAAGCGGUACUUAUACUGCCUCCAACCAUGAGAAGGACUGGCUUUCGCGGGAGACUCGGGAACAUUGGAUGCGAUAUGCGCUGGGGGCAUUGGACACUCUGUUAGCAACACCAUGUCCAUUUGCUGCAUUCGGCACUGUCAUUGUGAACCAUACACGACACGAUGAGCUGGGAGACUUGGUCUGCAUUGGGGCAAACAACAUCAUGACAGGCAAUCCUACUCUACACGCACAGGCUUUGGGGGCCUUCAGCGACCUCAGUCUGUACACGACUGCGGAGCCUUGUCCGAUGUGCGCUGCUGCUUUACGCUGGGCCGGCUUGCGUGAGUGUGUCUUUGGCACGAGUAUACCGACGUUGAUUGGUCACGGCUGGCCACAAAUACCACUCAGGACACGUGAAAUCUUCGAGCGCAGCGAUACAAUAACGGACGCCUACUUUGCAUGGCAAUUCAAUUCGGAUCAUGCCUGCCCGAAAGGCUGCAAGAGGCCGCCCAACUCCACCGAUAUGUGUGUGGUGAACGUUAAUGGUUCGGACCAGGUCAGGAUCGAAUUAUAG